GUGCCGGUUAAAAGGGCAGAAAAGUCCCAGAAAUACUUCUAAUCUUCACAGUUUCUGUCUUUCAAACGCUUUUUUGGCUGAAGAAAAUGUUCAGUGGGAGCCUGUAGAGCGUCCAGUCCUCGAUUGGUGGGGGAGAAGGAACGUGGCGUUCUUUGCCGUGUCCUCUGGUUGUUUCUUGAAGAUGUUUGAGAGGAAUUUUCACAGACAAGUGAGAGAAAUUUUGAUUUAUAUGCUGAAUAUCACGAGACGGAAGUAUCAGCAGUCCAAUGAUCCAAUACAAAACACAAUGAACGAGACGGAGUAUGUGUCAGACUACUACUAUGAAGAUGAAUCCUGUAAUAAUCAGCAAAGCAGCUCCUUCUUCUCCGAUGGAUCCACGUUCUUGACAGCUCUUUACUACGUACUGUUCUUUCUGGGUCUAAUAGGAAACUGGAUAGUCCUCUGGGUUCUCCUCCGUCACACAAAGAAGAGGACUAUGACAGACGUGUUCCUCCUUAACUUGGUCCUUUCUGACCUUUUAAUGGCCGUUUCUCUACCUGUCUGGGUCCACAGUUCCCAGAACCUUCCGUCCUGUAAACUGGUUACAGGAAUCUAUCAGUUGGGUUUCUACAGUGGGACGUUCUUUGUGACCCUGAUGAGCAUGGAUCGCUAUCUCGCCAUCGUCCACGCCGUGGCAGCCAUGCGAAAACGGACGCUUCGCUACGGAAUCAUGGCCAGCGUCAUCAUCUGGGUCAUAUCUGUGAUCAUGGCAACCCCCCAGGUGGUCUUUGCCCAGCUGGAGGAAGGAGAGGAUAACGAAAGCCUCCAGUGCCAUCCUGUCUACCCGGAGGAAAGCCAGCAGUGGUGGAAAAUGCGGCGAAACUUCACGGAGAACGCAGUGGCCCUUUUCGUCUGCCUUCCUGUCAUGAUUUUCUGCUACGUCAAAAUCCUCGUGGUGCUCUCGAAAUCCAGGAACUCCAAAAGGGAAAAAGCCAUCAAGCUGAUUUUCACCGUGGUGUGCCUGUUUGUGCUGUGCUGGGUGCCCUACAACAUUGUGGUUUUCCUGCAGACACUGCAACUGAUGGACGUCCUGAACACCUGUGAUGCUUCCCAGCGCAUCUACUUGGCCAUGGCCUUUGCUGAGAUCAUUGCUCUCUCUCACUGCUGCAUAAAUCCAGUCAUCUACGCGUUCAUUGGGGAGAAGUUCAAGAAGACGUUGACCAAAGUGCUGUCCAAGUAUUUCCACUGGAAUAUACACAUUAGAGGGCCUUCCCCCAGCCACACCACAGACGACGAGACCUCCAACACCGCUGUUUGAUCAGAGUAUUGAAAUUGGGUCAUCGUAGCGAUCAAGGCUGGAUACGCUGUGUUUCUGCGUUUCACUGCGCCGAGAGACUAAACAGAUAAAGCAGUGUGUGUGUGAGCAUGGUGGCAGUGGUUAUGUCGAGGGGGGAGGGGAGGGGUGUAGCGCACGCGGUUUUGGCUUGCAAAAGUUUCAGCGCAAGCUUUUCCUUGUGACAUGCAAGGUGAUGACUCAUUUGUAAAGUGCAUAAGAAAUACCUGAAACAUUUAAAUACCAACGUCAAACAUCUCCUUCUGACAUUUGGCUCAAGGUUUGUCAUGAAGUAGAAAGUAGAAAAAUCUUAAUUGCUUUUCUCCCUUCUCGGUUUUGGCUGUGGAAGAAAAUAAAUGGUAUAGGAUAACAGUUUUUUUUUUCAUUUUGUAUAAAUAUGUGUUGUCUGUCAAUACCAAACUGUUUUGAAUUGUAGUUAUGUUUUUUUUCUUCCUUUUUUUGUUCUCUACCUUUUUCAAUAGAUUUCAUAUGCCUUCCAGCCAAAGAGCAUUUUUCAAAUUUUUUUAUAUGUUCAUGGAAAGCUUUGUCUGAAUCGUGAAUCUAAUUCAAACUUUUUCGAAUGUUUUCAGCCAUUGAGCAGCUCAUGUUUUAAGCUCUCUGUUUUCUAGUAAAACACUUCAUGGUCAUUAAGUGAUGUAACAAGAGAGCAUUUACUACCUUACAUAUUUCUUACUUUUUGUUCUUGAAACUUUUAAUAUCAGACAAACAUAACCUCAGCAAAUACAAAAUGCAUUUUUCAAAUGGCGAUUUCAUUUAUUAUGGGUAAAGUCCAUCCAAGCCAACAUGACCUAGAUAUAAACUAACUCCUAAACCUUUGAACUAAUUGUGCAACCAUGGCAGCAACAACUGCUUUGACAUGUUUGCAAUAACUGGCAAGGAGCUUCUAUUACAUCUCUAUGGAGACAUUUGUGUCUGCUGUUAUUUUAUUUUUUGUUCAAUUUCAGUCAUACUGGAGGGUUUUUGAGUGUGAACACCAUGCUACACCAAAAAGUAUUGCUGUUUAAAAACACCAAAUCAAUACACGUUAAAAUGAUCUGAUGAUGGUUUUACUUUACUUGACGCUUUAGGCAACCUAGAGCUGUACCAAAAUGGUUUCAAUAAAGCAGUUCAAUGGACUGAUGAAAAUUCUCUUACAACAAUACAACAAAAAAAUAAUAAAAUGUUUUUGGAUAUUUAUCAGACUGUCAUGAAUUUCCUAUUAUUAUCCAGAAAAUCUGAAAUCAGUUAGGUCCUGUGGUGUUAAAACCUAAAAGUCACAACUCACUUUUGGCCAUCUGUUGUCUUGGAAAAGGCAUAUUAAACUAGUUUUUAAAAAUGCUAAACAAAAUAUAUGUUUCCCUCAACACCUGAGGUCCUUUGGGGUAAGUAAAGAAAUUGUUCUUUUGUUUUUUUUUUAUCUCAGUGAUAAUAAGUGUUUAUCAGUAUGGGCCCCACAUAGAAUUAAAGUCUUUCCAUUGCUAAAAUAUCUCUUAAUAUGCCACAAUCUCUCUACUCUUAUUGAAAUUGGCUUUGCUGGGAAAUUUGUUUACCUCUUUAUAUAAAAACCAUAGGUCAAAAGUAAGAGUUGAUGUGUACUGCUUUGAC